AGCCCGCUUGCACGGGCACCGCGCGGAGGCUCGCCGCCAGAGCACCUCCGCGUGUGCCGGUCUGCCUGCACCCGCCGGCGCGGCCUUUUCCUGCCUCCCCGAAAGUGUCGUGGCCCAGGACGGGGGCUGGAGAGGCCGCUCGGCUUGUGUCGGGGACAAAGGCACUCAUUUCUGUGGAGGAGCCCCCAGCCGCGAUCCUCGGCGGAGGCCCGUGCAAAUGUUUGCCCUCUCCGUGACUCGGGUCUUGGCACGCGGGGGUGGUGCAUGUUGCACAGACCCGAUGGCGGCUUGGAAACGGUGCGGGCCAGCUAACUCUCAAAAUGUGGAGACACAGACAGAUUCGGGGGGUACGCAUCAGUGUGGAUUAGACGCACAGGAUUAUGGCAAGGGGGAGGUUAACCAGACAACCUCCCUCUGGCAUUUUGGGACUUGUAGUCAUUUGUAAGGAUGCUGGGAAGUGUAGUUUUCUCCUACUUCCGUUGCGUGUCUGAAGGACUUCCUUGUUUUAAGGAACUCUGUUCUGCAGAUGUCUCAGAGAGUUUGAUGUGGGGCAUCCCUGGACUACUUGGGGCAGGAGACAGAAUAGAAGAGAAUUCAGACUGAGAUGAAACCUCACUGGCAGAUUCCUCUCUUAAGAACAUUCUUUGCUAAUUGCUCCUGCUAUCGCCCGCAGUGCCGUCUCCCUUUUCUUCCUAAAAGAGCUGUUCCAUUUGUAGAACUGAAUAUCUCUCAGCACAGCUGUUUGUGGAAUACAGUUACCUCUACUGUAGUAUUUAAUACGUGGUCAAGGAAAUAUCACCAGCCCUCAAAGACGCUGUGGAAUCACAAAAGCCUGGAAAAACACUUGCAGUCUUUAAGCAAAGAGUACCAAAGGAUCGACCAAUUGCUAAAUAGCUGCUCAGUGGAUGAAAGCAGAAGGAAGCGUCUCAGCAAAAGACAUGCUGAACUGUUCCCACUUGCUGUGGCAUUUAAAGAAAUACAACAGGCAAAAAAAGAAAUCCAGGAUUUGGAGAUACUGUGUGCAAAGUUGAACAUUCCAGAAGAGAAACAAUUGUUAGAUCUUGCUCUGGCUGAAAAGGAAGAUAUCAACCAGACAGUCAGCGCCCUGUACCAGAAGAUUUUCCAGAUCUUGAGACCAAGACCAAAAUUUGACGACAGUGAUGUCAUAUUAGAGGUGAUCUCCGGCCGAACAACUGGAGGUGACAUUUGCCAGCAAUUUACCCAAGAAGUGUUUGACAUGUACCAGAACUAUGCUGCUUACAAAACCUGGUCCUUUGAGAUUAUGAAAUACAUCCCUGCUGAUUAUGGAGGGCUGCACCAUGCUGCUGCUCGUAUUUCGGGAGAGCAAGUCUACAGGCACUUGAAAUACGAAGGAGGUACCCACAGGGUGCAGCGGAUUCCUCAGGUGGGCUUAUCUUCCAGAAUGGAGCGGAUCCACACUGGGACCAUGACGGUCCUUGUUCUCCCUCAGCCAGAAGAGGUAAAGAUUCAAAUAGCCCCAAAAGAUCUGCGCAUAGACACAUUUCGAGCCAAAGGGGCAGGAGGACAGCAUGUUAAUACAACUGAUAGUGCUGUAAGGAUUGUGCACAUUCCCACAGGGCUAGCAGUGGAAUGUCAGCAGGAGCGAUCGCAGCAGAUUAACAGGGAAGUCGCUUUGCAGAGGCUGAGAGAAAAGCUGUUCCGGCAGGCGGUGGAGAGAGAACUGCAGCAAGAGCAGAGUGCGAGAACUGUGCAGUUAGGGACAAGAGCCCAGUCGGAGAGAAUUCGUACAUAUAACUUCAGCCAAGGCAGAGUCACGGACCACAGGAUCUCCUAUGAAAUCCGUAACAUCGAGGCGUUUUUAAGCGGCAGAGAGCUCCUGGAUGAACUGAUCAGCAAGUUGUUGGAGGCUGCAGAGAUGGAGGCCUUGAUUGAACAUUUGGAAAACAAUUUUAAAUCGCAACAAGUGAACUCCUGACCUGACUGUUCUGCGGUUCCUGUCACAAAGGAGUAGGUGAUGCUUGACUCACCAGAAGGGACAGGCACCUGUGAAUUCCCUCUGGGGAAGAAUUUGCAGUUUCCUUAAUAUUCUA